UAAAGCGAACAGUCAUGGAAGUUCACGCACAGCCUUCGUCGGUCGGAUCGUCGCCUCCCCACCCGCAGUUGAGUCCCCCAAUUUACCGGGAGGAACAGACCCAACCCUUGUCACUUAAGAUGGAGAAGCCUAUUUCUUACGGGAGCCCGCCACCACUGGUCAGCGCGAAUAACCCGGAAAAUAACGUUUGCAAAAUGAUAGAAUAUCGCGGAGCAAAAGUUGCAGCUUUUCAUGUGGAGGGUAGAGAAUUGAUAUGCCUGCCGCAAGCUUUCGAUCUUUUUUUGAAGCAUCUUGUUGGAGGACUGCAUACAGUUUAUACCAAACUUAAACGAUUGGAAAUCACGCCUGUUGUGUGUAAUGUGGAACAAGUGAGAAUUCUUCGCGGACUUGGCGCAAUCCAACCAGGGGUCAACAGAUGUAAGCUAAUCAGCUGCAAGGAGUUUGACAUCCUUUACGAUGACUGCACUAAUUCAAGUGCAAGACCUGGCCGCCCACCCAAAAGAAGCCCGGCUAUGCACGCCAACACAGACACACUUGAAAAACUGAAAAAGAGCCGCCUGGACACAGAUUAUAUAUAUGGAACUAACAGAAUAAUGGGCCAUCAACCCAGUAACUUCCACCAAUAUGGAACGCAUUACGACACUGUUGACAAGUCGCCCACCCUGACGAACGGAUAUCACCACUACCCACCCCACCUCAGCAUGCUACCCUUCAUGCCUAUGUCAUAUCCGGCUAUGACGUCUGCCGCGUCCAUGGUCAUGUCACACAACCUCGUCGGACUCGACGCCACAACGAUCAAGGAACGGGCAACAGGGGACGAAGCUGACUCAAUAUCACCAAGCUCGUACCACGCUCCACGGUACCCUGAAGAUGUGUUGCGGCCUAGAUCUGGUCACGAACGUCUCGACGAUGACCGCCGAGACCACCACCCCCACAACCCACAUCCACUCCAACACCACAUCGACGAGAAAUCCCUACACAGACACAGCACAGACAAAGAAUCAGGUAGGUCAGCCCAAGAAUCUUUGAUGGCACAUUUUACAAAGUUUCUUUAUCUCCUCCCCGGUCAACCUCUAGGCAUUGGGACACCAAGUGAUUUUUCCACGAACGGGCCUACUGACCUUGUCAAACGGACCCAACAACAUCAGACAAUGGACUUGGCAGUAGAGGAUGACAAUGCCUCGGAUGAUGAUGACGAUGAUGGUGAUUCCGAUAACAACGACUACACAAGUUUACCCCAGCAUGAUACUCCCGAUAAAAUGACCUCUCAGAAACACUACGGUCAACAACUAACGAGCACAGACCUGACUGGUCCCUCAUCACUCGAGGCCCUACUUCUCAACAUCCAGGGACUUCUCAAGGUGGCUGCAGAACACGCUAAACAGUACGAGCGACAGAUACACUUUGAAACAGCGGAACUGAAAAUGGAAGUACUGCGCGAACGCGAAAUGAGAGAGACGAUAGAGAGACGAUUACUUGACGAACAAAGACUAAGAGAAACAUUCCAAAAACGAUGGAAAAAGGAGAAAAAGGCAAGAAGGAAAUUUCAAGAACAAACGAUGAUGGAGCCAGGUGACCAGAGGUGUCAUCUUUCCUCAGAUGAGGGAAACAGCCGAGUCAUGCACAGCCCCAGCCCCAUGAGGAUGAUGAAUGGGGUGAUGAACUCUGUAAACGGGCUCAGUCCAGUCCAUGGGGUCAACUCAGUCAAUGGUAGUAGCCAAUCCGUUAUCCAUGCUAUCAAGACAAAUGGAUGAUCUGUCACAUAGUCAAGCACUAGAAUCAUGAAUUCAAAGCGUAAACGUGCACGUACGCCAAACUCAAAUGUAGAGUACAAUAGAGCUCAGGGCUACCUCAUCAUGACAUACGUGACACAAGACUUUCAUAAAAACAUUACAGAGACGCUGGCAGUUCGAGACAUAGAUCCAAUGUAUCAUAGAGGAGGGACCGUGUAAAUCAGCAUAACAUCGUAUGACGCGUGUAAAACGGCAAAGGCUUUGACGUCAAGAAAGGAUGAACUAAUGUAUGACGUUUUUUAUGAUCUGAUAACUUUAUAAGCCAUAUGUGAACCGGAAAAUACACCUCAUAUCGAACUUUCUCGACACGCUAGGAGCCAGCACAUCACAGGAAAGGGUUAAAUCAAUAUUCAAUAAUAUUUCCGAAAGAAUAGAUAGUUAAACUUAAAGAAUAGUAAUCGUCUUUUUGUGAAGUUGUGUUGACAAUACAAUAUUAAUCUUUUUUAAAGCUGAAUUGUCAUGUACAGUUUACAGUUGGGCUUGAUUAGUUAAUAGUACAACUCAGCUUUAAGGCCGAAUUGGGGCAAAACAGAUGAGUUAGUUUGGAAGUUGUCUUCUUUAUAUUUUGACUGUGUUAAAAUGCUAGUCCUGACAUCAGGGAUUUAAAUAAUGUUUAAAACUUCAGGAGUCAAAUGGUAAGGAAUUUCAUCCAUCUAAAACAUUUCAGACGGACGGGUAUUUUCAUUUUCCCGAAAGAUAUAUAUUAGCUGUCCUUUUUUAAGAGUAUUUAAACUCCAUAGUGCCUCUGCUUAGACCAAUGGUAGUGACACUUGUUGCGGAAGAUGUCAUUAAACUGUAAAAUCAACAUGGAGCCAAAUGCGUAUAAGUAACUACGGCUCCUGAGGAUUUUGCAGUGAGAUGGACUGAGGAUUCGUCAUUUCUGAGAUUUCUUUUCCAAUGAUGGGCAUGGAGUUGAAUUCGAACUAUGAUGUGGUGAUGAUAGAUCCGUUUAGUGGUUAUUGAUAUUAAAAAGUCGUGUUUAAAAAAGUCUGCUAUAUUAUUGGUAGUAUCGUCUAGAUUAUUGGGAAACUACAUGGUACUCUUAAUGCUCUAUCAAACUUGUAUAUCUUGCAGUACGCCUUUUAAAGGACCACUCGGCUACAUAUUGUAGCUUAUAGACCCUUUAAAGGACUAACGCUAAUAUUUCCUGUAGCGGGUUAUAUUACAGUGCAAAUAUACUUGACACCACAUUAGCACUCUUGGGGCUGAAUUUGGCAUCAUCCCUUAUGGCGUAGGCCCUUUCAUGGGCUGUUAAUGUGGCCAGGCGAAUCAUUCAAAACUAACCGGCAUGUCAUACAUUGAGAAGUAGGCCUAAUGCUAUAAGUUAAUUGUAAUUGUAAAUAGGAAUUAAAAGUAAAGAGAAGAUGACUGGGGAAAAAUUUACUUUGGUGACCACUGUCAGCGAUUUUGUGGUAACCGUGCUAAUUGAUGUAAACAUUGUAAAAAUGUUAAUUGUAAUAAAAGUAAUGUAUAAUUGCAUGGGCAGUAGGUCUAGAAUUAUUUGUUUUUGUUAAUAUGAAGAGACCUUAUGCCCGUGAUCGUUUUGAUGUGUAAUUGAUGUUGUGUUUUCCCAGUGGUAUCCACUGAGAUGUUUUCUUUACUAUUGCAUGAAAAUGCUUCUGAAAUCCUGUAAAAAUAUUGCCACUUUAAAGGGAAAAUAUCGUAAAAUUUUGCCACUAAAGAGACAAUUUAGCCACGUACGGGUGACUAUCUUUUCCUUUGCCCUAAUGAUAAGUAGCUUGUGUUAAAAGUUCACAUUCAGAAUCAUUGUGGAGCACCGUUUUGGCAUUUUCCAAUAUGGCCGCUGCGGCAGCCAUCAUGAAUUUAUUUUGAGUUGUUGUAAUUACAUUUUGAAUGUGCAGAGGACAUUCUUUUUAAAGCAAUGAUAAGGAAUUACUACAAAUUUUAUCUUCAUCGCGAAACAUUACCGGGCAAAAUGAGGUUAGCUGGAUAAAAAUAAAGGAAACACAAAACAUUUGUUUUUAAAAUGGUUGAUUUUAAUCAUCGACCGAUAUGAAAUUAUUUUAGAUGAUCGUCUUUGUCUACUAUCACAAAAUGUUGCAUGCAUUUAUUGAUGUAAAUUCUGUAGAAUCGCUGUUCAUUAUGCCCUUUUCAACUAUUGUAAAUACGGUCUAGAUAAAACAAGUUGCAAUAAAUAUUUAAUAUUUCAUAA